GCAUCUGAAGCUGUACAUCCGCUACCGGAACGAUAAGAAGCUGCGCGAGAAGGCGGAACGCAUUCACAAGAAGAAGCUCAAGGGUGACAAGGAAGCGGCCAAUGCCAAGAAAGAUGAUGAAAAGACGAGUGGCGAGACCAGCGAGAGUGGAACAAAAUCUGUUGCAACUGCUGCAAAGAACACUACGGUCAGCGCAUCCGCAACGGUUUCGGACAAGAAGAGCGAGACCACUGGCGGAGAUUCCGGAGCAUCGAAGGAUGCAUCCACUGGGAAAGGGACCGCCGAAGGAUCUCAAGCGUCGACGGGCACCGCCGAAGGCGGUAAGAGUGGCACCGGUGGUGCAGCUAAUGAUGCGGCCGCUAACAACACAUCCCAGGCCGAGGACCAGUCCGAUGAGAUCUGGCAGGUAGUGGAUAACGAUGAGCUGGGCGACUUGUUGCGAGGUGUGGCCGAAGUCGACGAAGAGGAUGACGACAAGGAGGCCAUGCUCGAGAGGUACGACAAGUUCCGGCACACGGAGAAGAACGGAAUCGAGUCUGCUGCUUCUGCUGCUGCAGGCGGUAACGAUGCCAGUGACAGCGCCACCAGCAAAGCAGCAGGUUCAACGGCUACGAACGGUGGUGGAAGUGCCGCAGAUACGGCAACAAAUGGAGACACUGGCAGCAACAAGGAGGCGGUUAAGGUCGAAGGUUAAACCACCAUACACAUUACUACUUCCCGAGGAAGCGAGAAGGAAGAAUUCCUCCUCCAAUCUCCUAGAAUAAUUCAUACCACGGUUAGAACUUCUAGUACACCGGCUCCCAUCACCAGAGAGAUAACUUUUCUGACCGAAAGGGUAAUAUUUACCCCCUCGCGCCCCACCCCUUCCGCAGUUGGUUGGUUAUUGCCACUUGUGUUUGUGGUUUUCUUUUCCUUCUCCGAAAGCAGGCGAACCCUAGGCCGUAACUCAAUCACGCGUUUAGUUACAGUGUGUGUUCAUUUAAUAGUGUUUAAGUUUUUAGUUGUCUAACGAGUGCGACACUCUCGUCCACCGCCUUCAAAAAAGGGCCCACGCACUGCUGUAACACGAUAGAGGUUUUGUUACGGGUGGUGCCACCCCCUUAACACCCCCCCCCCCCCCUCCCAUAACACUACGGUAACGUACACAAACGCGAUUUCUAUUCAACUCCACACUGAUUGCUAACGAAGUAGCGCAUAUUAACCGGAAUAUGAUGGACUCUUGGAAAUAAAGCAGAUACAUUAAAACCGAAAA